AAAAAAAAAAAAAAAAAAGAGAGAGAGAGACAUCAUCAUGGCCACUGGAGGAGACGCGACGUUCUCCGCGGCGGCGGCGGCGACGAACGAAGCUGCGAGAGGUACAGGUGGCAAAUUAAGGCGACAAACCGCGAGGAGACACUCAACGACGCCGUAUUCUCGACCCCCUCAGAGCCAGGCACAACGGAGGCCGUGGAUCUCGAGAAUCGUCGAUCCUGCUUACCGGAUUAUCUCCAGCGGCGCUACGAGGAUACUUCCCUACUUCUUCUCGAGUGCAGCAGCCUCUGCUCUCACACCUCCAGAAGAUGAAGAAGAUCAGCAUCAAGAUGAGUUGCGAGAUGAGCCAGAGGAGAAUGGUCCCAGCAGUUUAACACCAACUUUAAGUAAACCGAAGUUUGCAUCAAUUGAAGAGGGAGGUACUAGUAGUGCAGCAAAGGUCAACGGAAGCAAUUUCAGUAUCAAUGCACAAGCUAAAAGCAACUCAGCUUUAAAUGAUGUCGUUGCAAUCUCGGAGCUUGAAAGGCUAAUGGAAGGAAAAACGUUUUCACAGGCGGAAACUGAUCGUCUUAUAGAGAUAAUAAAUUCAAGGGCUAUUGAUCUACCUAAUGUCAUGAGAGACGAGCGAGUGGAGAUCCCUCUGAGAGAGGGAGCCAAGAAAAAUGUGAGUUUUCUUGAUAAAAGAAAAGAGCCAGUUGGUGCCAGGGAUGCUAGUAGUGAACUUUGGGCUACGCCAACCCCACUUGCCAAGCCAAUAACUCCUGACGAAGGCAAACAGGUGCGGGAUGAAGCUGGUCUAUCACCGGCAGAACUUGCUAAGGCAUAUAUGGGAGGCCAGACAUCAUCGAGUAGUCCCCAAGGUUUUGUAGCAAGAAAUGAAAAGAAUAGUCUAGACAGGGGUAUGGUUAUAGCAAAUUCUUCAGGUGCAUCACCAUCGAGCAAGCCUUCCGCAUGUUGGCCUGGUGUCAAAUUCAAUGAUCAAUCUGGUUUUGCAACUCCUCAAAGCCAACGAGAAAACUUUGGGAUUCAUAGUUUUCCAAGGACUCCAUAUCCUAGAUCCAUCCUCUCAGGUUCUAAGUCAAAGCUGAUGCAAUUGCAAGACAACAGUAGCAAGCGCCUGAGUGCCCUCCAGUCUCCCUCCCAAAGUGUGCAGACAAGAUAUGGCCAGCUCAAACUUAGCAAGGGAAAAGAUAGUGGAGUUUUUGGACCCAGUAGAAGAUCUCGCCAGAGCGUCACCAUGUCUCCUUAUUCACGACCUUCCAGGAGUCAUUUUGAAAAUUCUGCUAACAAGAGCUAUGAAGCAGGGGAAUCAAGUAACUUAUCUAUGCCCCAGACAACAGCCUAUGGGAUGCAUACAGGAUUAGAAGUUGGUACACCGACUGUGCCUAGACAUUCUAGUCAGAUCGCUAGGACGAUAUUGGAUCACCUUGAACGGACCCAACCCACCCCGAAAGAUAAAUCUGCUGAGUUAAAGCUUGCCACUUCUUGGAGAUAUCCAGAGUCUUCGAAAACUGCUGAACCAAGCAGCUCCAACAUCAACAAUGUGAAAAAGGAUAAUAGCUCAGCCAAGUUGACUGAAGAUAUCCCAAACAUUAUCUCUCACGUUCCGUCAUCCUCUGUGGCUAAAGUAUCUGAAGUUACCACUCAAAAUGCGAUGGCUAAGACCACUUCAGCAUCAAAUGGAAUAUUCAGUGGAAGUAGUAGCGGUACCACAUUCCAAUAUGAGUUAGGGAAGCCUAAGGAUUCUCUCUUCGGAAGCACACAUGAAAAGGACGGUGCAAAAGCUGUUUCCAGUUCAUUAGGAGACGAGCCAGCUAAUCUACCCAAACCACCAUCUCAUUCACUUGGAACUACUAAUAGUAAAAGGCUACUUUCGUCUAUCUCAGUAGCCAAGCCUAAUCAAAGAUGGGCAUUUCCUUCGGGUCCAAACGCAAGCUUCACAUUCCCAGUCUCUUCAUCUGAUGGAGCAACGUCAUCAGAGCCCCCAACUCCAUCCAUCAUGCCGUUCACAACAAGCACAGCAGCACCAAGUGGUGGUGUUGGCAUUACAAGUCAUAGUGAUGAUGAAGCAAGAAAAGAUGAUGAAGUUCCUCACUUUAGUUUCGGGGGUAGCAGAAGAGGAGGAGAUAAGUCGCCUCUGGUGUUCGAUUUUCCAUUUGUGAGCGAAGAAGAAGUGAUGAAUGAGGAUGAUGAGAAGUUAGGUAUCAAAUAUACAUUUGGGUCUAAAAAGCCAGAGAGAAUAUCUUUUAGCGUUGCAGAAAGUGAUGGUGUUUCCUGUUAGAACAAGGAAGAUGAUGUUCUUCAGUUUUUUAGUACCACAGUUAUUUUUUUAUAGUUUGGGAAACUACUCAACAAAAAGUUGUGAGAUAUUAACACUUGUUAAAUUAUUGGUUAAACUUACUUUUACAAUUUGGAAUUUAGGUGU